AUGGCAGCCCCUGUAACGCACGGUACCCUGUCAUACGAGCAACAGGAAGUGGUUGUCUUCGCUGAAAGAGAGAGACGUGCAAAUACUCGACCCUCGUGGAGCUACCUGGCCAAGUCGGCCCUCCCAGAAGUGUACCGCCAAGCACAGCGACUCUUGCAAGAGCAAUACCGGCACGAGGCGAAGGCAGAGGAGAGGACUACGAUAAACGAGAAAUGGGCAGUUGUCGAAGCCCAAAUCCGCGAAACGAUGAUCGAGGAGAUGGCGACCCUAGAUGCAUUAGGAGAACACGUCCGAUGCUGGACCGUCUGUGACCCAGCCGCCAUUGAAAAAUCCCUCGAAGACGCCACCACAGAACAGGAACGUCUCGAUGUCGUACUAGGGUCACGCAUCCAACUGCUCCUCAAGGGCACCCAAGGCACGUUUUCCAUGUCGAAACAGAUGGAGAUUUCUGACGCUCACUUGCAGACAAGGCAGCUCGAUGUUCGGACGAUUCGGGGUACGACACGGAUGAAAGUGUGA